AUGUCUGGCCUUCCUGAGGACCCUCAGAGAAGGAACUGGCGCUCAGACGUGUGGCCUCAGCCUCCCAUCUCUACAGCCGCAGUGAUGAUGGUCCAUGGGUACAAAGGGGUCAAGUUCCAAAACUGGGCACGGACCUAUGGCUGUUGCCCGGAGAUGUACUAUCAGCCCACUUCAGUGGAGGAGAUCCGAGAGGUGCUAGCCCUAGCCAGGCAGCAGAACAAGCGGGUGAAGGUGGUAGGUGGUGGCCACUCACCCUCAGACAUCGCCUGUACUGACGGCUUCAUGAUCCACAUGGGCAAGAUGAAUCGCAUUCUCCAGGUGGACAAGGAAAAGAAACAGGUGACUGUGGAGGCUGGAAUCCUCCUAGCUGACCUGCACCCAGAGCUGGACAAGCAUGGCCUGGCCAUGUCCAACCUGGGAGCAGUGUCAGAUGUGACCGUAGCCGGCGUCAUUGGGUCAGGAACGCACAACACAGGGAUCAAGCAUGGCAUCCUGUCCACUCAGGUGGUGGCGCUGACCCUGAUGACAGCUGACGGAACCAUUCUUGAGUGCUCUGAGUCUAGCAACGUGGAGUUGUUCCAGGCCGCACGGGUGCACCUGGGCUGCCUUGGCGUGAUCCUCAGUCUCACCCUGCAGUGUGUGCCCCAGUUCCACUUGCAGGAGACGUCUUUCCCCUCAACCCUGAAAGAGGUUCUCGACAACCUGGACACCCAUCUGAAGAAGUCGGAAUACUUUCGCUUCCUCUGGUUUCCGCACAGUGAGAACGUCAGUGUCAUCUACCAGGACCACACCAACAAGCCCCCCUCUUCCUCAGCCAACUGGUUUUGGGACUAUGCCAUUGGAUUCUAUUUGCUGGAGUUCCUGCUUUGGAUCAGCACCUUCUUGCCGUGCCUCGUGGGCUGGAUCAACCGCUUUUUCUUCUGGUUCCUGUUCACCGGGAAGAAGGAGAACAGCAACCUCAGCCACAAGAUCUUCACUUAUGAGUGCCGCUUCAAGCAGCACGUGCAGGACUGGGCCAUCCCCAGAGAGAAGACCAAGGAGGCCCUGCUGGAGCUGAAGGCCAUGCUGGAGGCCCACCCCAAGGUGGUGGCCCACUACCCCGUGGAGGUGCGCUUCACCCGGGGGGAUGACAUCCUGCUGAGUCCCUGCUUCCAGAGGGACAGCUGCUACAUGAACAUCAUCAUGUACAGGCCCUAUGGCAAGGACGUGCCACGGCUGGACUACUGGCUGGCCUACGAGACCAUCAUGAAGAAGGUUGGCGGGAGACCCCACUGGGCCAAGGCCCACAACUGCACCCGGAAGGACUUUGAGAAAAUGUAUCCUGCCUUUCCAAAAUUCUGUGCCAUCCGAGAAAAGCUGGACCCCAGUGGGAUGUUCUUGAAUGCAUAUCUGGAGAAAGUGUUCUACUGAAGCAGAAACAAAAAACAAACCACCCCACACCCCCUCCCUUCAC